UACAUGAGCUGUGAAGAGGACGAAAUGGGGAAGAUCAUCUUCUUUGAGGAGAAGGCCUUUUGUGGACGUCAUUACGAGUGCAGUGGAGACUGUCCUGAUCUGAUGAGCUUUUUAACCCAGUGCGGCUCCAUCAGGGUGACCAGCGGCUGCUUCAUGAUCUAUGAAAGACCCAACUACACAGGGCAUCAGUACUGCCUGAGGAGCGGAGAGUACGCUGACGUCCACAGCAUGGGGCCCGCAGGAACUGUCAGCUCAUGUCGCUUCAUUCCAGUUGAGCAAGGCUGUUUUAACAUGCGUCUGUAUGAGCGCAUUGAGUUUGGAGGUCAGAUAAUGAAUUUGGAGGACGACUGUCCGAGCGUCUUGGACCGCUUCCACAUCAAGGACAUUUUUUCCUGUAAUGUGACCGAUGGCAACUGGCUCUUCUACGAGGACACAAACUACUGUGGAAGGAUGUACCUGAUCCAGCCUGGAGAGUACAAGAGGUUCAGUGAGUGGGGCAGCCGCUCUGCGAGGGUGGGCUCUAUCCAGCGCAUCACCAACGACUAAGUCACUG